UCUUCACCACCAAAGCAUCAAAUAUUCUAAUUAGUGACACAAAAGAUUAAUCAGUCUCAAGAAAGAUGAAGAACGAAUCAACCGUCAUUAAUGUCCCUGCAGAAUCAAGCUCAGCAAUGAAAGGAAAAGCUCCUCUAAUCGGUGUGGCUAAAGACCACACUACUAGUGGCUCAGGUGGAUACAAGAGAGGUCUCUCAAUCUUUGACUUCCUCCUCCGUUUAGCUGCUAUUAUUGCAGCAUCAGUAGCAGCUGGAACCAUGUUUACAAGCGACGAGACUCUUCCCUUCUUUACACAGUUCUUACAGUUCGAAGCUGGCUACGACGAUUUACCAACUUACCAGUUCUUUGUGAUUGCCAUGUCCAUUGUUUCAGGAUAUCUCCUUCUAUCUCUUCCCAUCUCCGUCGUCACCAUCGUUCGCCCGCUUGCCACCGCCCCAAGACUCCUCUUGCUCGUUCUUGAUACUGCGGCCUUGGCAUUUAACAUGGCGGCUGCAUCAUCGGCGGCAGCGAUAUCGUAUCUAGCACACAAUGGGAACCAGAACACGAACUGGCUCCCCAUUUGCCAACAGUUUGGUGACUUCUGUCUGAAAAGCAGCGGAGCUGUCGUCUCCUCCUUUGUAGCCGUUGUUUUCUUCACCAUCCUCGUCGUCCUCUCCGGUGUCGCUCUCAAAAGACACUAAUUAACACCCUUCUUAAUGUGUGUUCAUUACUGUAAAAGUAAAACUAUUGUACCUAUGUCAUAUGUCAUGUGUAAUGAAAGUGUGAUUGUAGCUUGUUGUAUUAAUAUUUUUUUAAGUCAAUGAAAGUGUGAUUGUAGCU